AGACUUCGCCCGUCGAGCGAUAUAAGAAGGAACAAGAACUCGAUUUGAUCGGAUCAUCAUAAGAGUGCCCCACAAGAAAAGAUAGGACCGCCGGGGUUUAGGGAUAGACAGAGGCGAAAGGAAAGGGGAAAAAAGACGGGUUGAAAGUGGUACCGCAUAGCAUGUCCCUGGACAUCCCUUUCCCGGCCAUACCCACACCUGCCUCAUCGUUACCAUCAGCCUCGACGCAACAAGGACAACACCAACAAGGCCCCACCUUGCCGCCCAAUUGGCAGUGGAUCUGUUGUGAGCAGGAUCACGGGACGUCCUCGACUGCGACCGUCACCUCCCGAGCGCCGAUGUCAGCUCCAGCGAUGAUAGCGGGUUCGAGUGACGGGGCGGACGGGAUGAACGGACAGCCGGUAGCGGGGUUCGGAACGGGCAGGGAGAAGAAACAAUCCCUGAACUCGUCCGGAUCCGGGUCGAGGCCGGGGUCGAGGUUGAGUUCUCCUGCCUUUGCUUCUCUGGCUUCUCCUCAAGUGAUGUCGAUCCCGGGAAACACGAUGACGAGACCCCAUGCCCAUUCACAGUCCCUCUUUCUCAAACCAUCUUCUCGACGAGGAAGUGGGAUCGAUGGACAGGUCGUGCCUCUGACGGCAGGGGCGACUUUAGAAGGCCAAGGACAAAGACAUGAUCGUCAAAACUUGGCUUCCGGGUGGAAGAGCCAACAUCGCAGCGUCAGGUCUUUCGAUACAACACAAGGGUCGAGAUCGUCCACCCCGGUCUCGCUUCAUAAUUACGAUCACCCGUCUGGAGGUGUGGCGUCAAACUCGGCGCAGAUCCAGCUGCAGAAUCAGCUCUAUCCCACGCCAGGGCCCUCGCCCACGGGUUCGAUACACGGGCACGGGAACAUGAACGGCGGUGUUGGUGGUGGUUUUGGUAACGACGUCUUGAGCGCAGAGGCACAGUUGGCUCAAUGGAUGACGUAUUGUUGCGACAAGGACGAUUGCGUGGAUCCAUUUCCGCCUGCGACGGCUUCGAGCGGGGUGACCGCGACGUCAAAGGAUGUCAAUCCAGCGAUGGACGGGUCGCUGUCAACCUAUGGUCUCGGCAUGGACCACGUCAUGUUCCAAGCCAUGUUCCCUGGCGUGACUACCACGUCAGUGACGGCAUUUCCUACGUCGAUGGGUGUGGCGGACCCGGCGUAUUGUUGUGGAGGAGGACCAGACUGUCACGAGCCCAUCGUCGAUAGCAUCGGAUGUGAAGGACAUCCGCAGCAGUGUGGAUUGCCCGAAUGUUGUGCGGCACCGGACGGUCAAUGUGCGCCGUGUGAGAGCGGGGUGAACGGGACCGGGAUGGACUUGUUGAUGAAAGGGGUAAACUGGGGGUGUACGGGCACUGAUGGAAUGGACCUCCACGGAUACCCGUAUCGACCUUAUCAAAUGGCACAUAGCGGAAGUCAAACACCGAUAACAAUGGGUUCGACCACGCAGACCACAAACACUCCUCGUGGUGCCUUUUCCGCUCAAGCGUCUCCGUUCCUCCAGCCGGGCAAUGGGGAAGCGCAGGACUUCGAUAUCGGACCGCCUGCACAAGGUUCUUCGUCGACGGGUUUAGCGGUCCCUCCCAACGAUGGGCAGCUCGAGGCCUUUCUCGCCGCCGUCGCCAAGGGAGAUUACUUUACCGAGGAACCGGUCGUCUCGAACGGCAACGUCGAAUCCGGUGGCCAUGCUAGUGGGGACUCGAUGAUGGAUCACGCCGACUCGACGAUGGCAAACGGACAUGUCGUCGGGCAAGGCAAGCCGCUCGAGACACACAUCUGUCAUUGGCAAAACUGUCACGCCCAUUUCGGGACCGUGCAAGAGUUGUUAUCGCACGUUAGCUCGGAGCAUCUCAAGAUCGCGCCUAGUCGCCCGCACGAGAAACCCCCGACUUAUCAGUUCGGAACGACAUCAAGCGGCGGCGGCCUGGAAAGUCGAUUGAGCUCAACUUCCGGCACGGGCGCCUUAGAACCCCGCAACGAAGACGUCUACUCUUCGCUCGCCAAUACUUUCGGCGGAAACGGAUUCGGGCAGACGAACGGAUUUUUCGGCACUGUCAACACCUCGGGACCCAAGAAUGACGGUCUUAUGGCUUGUCUCUGGGACGAUUGUAUCCCCGGUCCCGAAUCGGCGAGACCGUUUACCGGUGCUUUUGCUCACGAUUCGGAGGGCACGGUCGUGCCAAAGCAUAGUGACGAGUUCGCCAAAGAUCUCGAAUCACUUCGGCUCCUAUCGCAAAAAGCCAAUGCAGCGACAAGUUCCGUCGCUCCGGGGAUCGCACACAACGUCUUGCCGGUCGGCACUCCAAGCUUGGACAGCUCGCAGCAACAUCUGCACCGCGCGUGCCAUGUCCCUGUGCCGGUACAGACUGACAACCCCCUCGAUUCGGCCAGUGCCGUGCUCAAACACCUUCUCGAGCAGCAUCUAGGGACUGAAGCUACGAACAGUUUGCUGAAUAUCGCCCAGAACCACUACACCUCUGUUUCGGCCAUCAAUAAACAGGAAAAUAGCAAGGCCGCUGCCGCCGUCGCUUCCUCUGUCCCGCAGAUCCCUCCGCCACGCAAAUCGAGUCACUCUGAAACGCGGCCCCCAUCGGCUCAAGCGCGAUCCUCUGACACCGACGAGAAGGCGAUGACGUUUAAAUGUCGCUGGCACGGUUGUGACAAUGUCUUCGAUAGCAACACGGCUCUGACGGAACACAUCUCCAACAUCCACGUCGGGCGAGGAAAGAGCAAGUACGAGUGUCUGUGGGAAGGAUGUGUGCGUUGCGACAACGAGUGUGACAGUUGCGAUGAAGGUGAUAAGAUGGACACGGAGGAAGGCGAGAAGCGAGGGAGAAAAUUCGCCACUAGGCAAAAGGUUUUGCGGCAUAUACAGUCGCACACUGGCUACCGUCCCUUUGUUUGCCACCUCUGUGGUCAAUCCGUGUCGGAACAGGCUACUCUAAACGCUCACUUGCGGCGACAUGCGGAAGAAAAACCGUUCAAAUGCGACGAAGAAGAUUGUGACAAGGCGUUUGCCAGCGCGGCUUCCUUAGCUGUGCACAAGCGCGCGCAUGUGGGGACCAAGACACAUGUGUGCCCUCACUGCGACCGCGGUUUCAUCGAACUCUCCAACCUUACCAAACACAUACGAACUCAUACCGGCGACAAGCCAUUCAGCUGUCCCCUCAACGGGUGCGGUCGGGCCUUUUGCCGGUCCGAUCAGCUCAAGCGACACACCAUGACAUGCCGUUACCGAAAGGCCAGCGAUGACGACCGAUCCUCGAUUACACCUCCAUAAGGAAUUCGGCGCGAUGCAACUGAUGAAAUCGUAACGAAGGCGUCUGCUGAUACAAUGUUAUGAAAGCCACGAUUACGAUCUCGAAGCUCGUC